AGCCUCGCGCGCUUGCGCACUGAAGUGUGCGCGGGGAGCAGGGGAGCCGCCCACUCUGGGAGCAACCCACUCCUCGCCCCACAAACUCGAGCCUUCAUGCUUUGGGCCAGGCGAAGCGCACGACAUUGACAUGCCGGAGAUCCGCUUCCGCCAUGUGGUGUCCUGCAAUAGCCAGGACUCGACACACUGUGCAGAAAACCUUCUCAAGGCGGACACUUACAGAAAAUGGCGGGCAGCCAAGGCAGGCGAGAAGACCAUCUCUGUGGUGCUCCAGCUGGAGAAGGAGGAGCAGAUACACAGUGUGCACAUUGGGAAUGACGGCUCGGCGUUCGUGGAGGUGCUGGUGGGGAGCUCAGCCGGAGGGACAGGGGAGCAAGACUAUGAGGUUCUGUUGGUCACCUCGUCUUUCAUGUCCCCUUCUGAGAGCCGCAGUGGCUCAAACCCCAACCGCGUUCGCAUGUUUGGGCCAGACAAGUUGGUCCGGGCAGCAGCUGAGAAGCGCUGGGAUCGUGUCAAAAUCGUUUGCAGCCAGCCCUACAGCAAGGACGCCCCCUAUGGCCUGAGUUUUGUACGCUUUCACAGCCCCCCAGACAAAGAGGAGGCAGAGGCCUCACCCCAGAAGGUGACCAAGCUUGGCCAGUUCCGCGUGAAGGAGGAGGAUGAGGGUGCCAGCUCCCUGAGACCGGGGGCCCUCUUCUUCAGCCGGAUUAACAAGACACCCCUUGCCACAGCCAGUGACCCAGCAGGACCCAGCUAUGCAGCUGCUACACUGCAGGCCUCUAGUGCUGCCUCCUCAGCUGCGCCGGCCUCCAGGGCAUUAGGCAGCAUCUCCAAGCCUCCGGAGCCCCCCAAAGGGAAGAGGAAGUUGGAUUUGAACCAGGAAGAAAGGAAGACCUCCAACAAACCGUCAGCCCAGCCCUCACCACCCGCCCUCAAGAGACCCAAACUGCCAGUUCCCACCCGCACCCCAGCCACUGCCCCAGCACGGGGGGCAGUGCCGGGGAAGCCCCGAGGAGAAGGCACGGAGCCUAGGGGAUCCCGAGCUGGCCCGCAGGAGCUGGGGAAGAUCCUUCAGGGCGUGGUGGUGGUGCUGAGUGGCUUCCAGAACCCCUUCCGAUCAGAGCUGCGGGACAAGGCCCUGGAGCUGGGGGCCAAGUAUCGGCCGGAUUGGACUGCAGACAGCACUCACCUCAUCUGUGCCUUUGCCAACACCCCCAAGUACAGCCAGGUCCUAGGCCUCGGAGGCCGCAUCGUGUGCAAAGAAUGGGUGCUGGACUGUCACCGCAUGCGUCGGCGGCUGCCCUCCCGGCGGUACCUCAUGGCAGGGCCAGGCUCCGGCAGCGAGGAUGAGGGGGGCUCCCACAAUGGCAGCAGCGGGGAUGAAGCCCCCAAGCUUCCCCGAAAGCGCCCCCAGACCAAAACCAAGCCCCCUCAGGCAACAGGACCCAGCUCGCCUCAGAGACCCCCAAGCCCCGAAGAGACCAAACCAGCUUCACCAGGGCCCCAGAAAGAUACCGACACUGAGGGGGAGCAGUCAGAAGGACGGAACAAUGGGGCGGAAGAUUCUGGGGACACCGAAGAUUCUGGGGACACCGAAGAUGAGCUGAGAAGGGUGGCUGAGCAGAGGGAACAAAGGCAGCCCCCAGGCCAGGGGGAGAAUGGCGACGACCCGUAUGCGGGGUCUACAGAUGAGAACACAGACAGUGAGGGGCCCCCGGAGUCUCCCAGCCUGCCGGUUCCCGAGCUCCCAGACUUCUUCCAGGGCAAACACUUCUUCCUGUACGGGGAGUUCCCUGGGGAGGAGCGGCGGAAGCUCAGCCGAUAUGUCACAGCCUUCAGUGGCGAGCUUGAGGACUAUAUGAGCGACCGGGUCCAGUUUGUGAUCACAGCACAAGAGUGGGACCCCAGCUUUGAGGAGGCCUUGAUGGACAACCCCUCCCUGGUGUUUGUCCGCCCACGAUGGAUCUACAGUUGCAACGAGAAGCAGAAGUUACUUCCCCACCAGCUCUAUGGGGUGGUGCCCCAGGCCUGAGGGGUAUGCUUACCACCUGUGUGCACACACCGUGCAGGAAGAGUUUAAUAAAGGUGACUUGGUUUGGAGCAGCUGCCCCUGCCACUCAGGAGCUCCCAGAACCUCCAAAUGGCUUUUUCA